UCGCGCCGUGCGGGGUCUCGGCGUCGGCGGCGCGCGCACACCCUCCACUCGGAGAGAGGGCUGUGGUAAAAGCCGUCCGGAAAAUGGCCGCCGCCGCUGCCGCCGCGCCGAGCGGAGAAGGAGGAGGAGGCGAGGAGGAGAGACUGGAAGAAAAAUCAGAAGACCAAGACCUCCAGGGCCUCAAGGAUAAACCUCUGAAGUUUAAGAAGGUGAAGAAGGAUAAGAAAGAAGAAAAAGAGGGCAAGCAUGAGCCUCUCCAGCCGUCGGCCCACCACUCCGCCGAGCCAGCGGAGGCAGGCAAAGCAGAGACGUCGGAAGGGUCGGGCUCAGCCCCGGCCGUGCCAGAAGCUUCUGCCUCCCCCAAACAGCGACGCUCCAUCAUUCGUGACCGGGGACCCAUGUAUGAUGAUCCCACCCUUCCUGAAGGUUGGACACGAAAACUUAAGCAGAGGAAAUCGGGCCGCUCUGCUGGGAAGUAUGACGUGUACUUGAUCAAUCCCCAGGGAAAAGCCUUCCGCUCUAAAGUGGAGUUAAUUGCAUACUUCGAAAAGGUAGGCGACACCUCCCUGGACCCUAAUGAUUUUGACUUCACGGUAACUGGGAGAGGGAGCCCCUCCCGGCGAGAGCAGAAACCACCUAAGAAGCCCAAGUCUCCCAAAGCUCCAGGAACUGGCAGAGGUCGGGGGCGACCCAAAGGGAGCGGCACUGCGAGACCCAAGGCGGCAGUGUCCGAGGGUGUGCAGGUGAAGAGGGUCAUGGAGAAAAGCCCUGGCAAGCUCCUGGUCAAGAUGCCUUUCCAAGCUUCCCCGGGGGGCAAGGCCGAGGGGGGUGGGGCCACCACGUCAGCCCAGGUCAUGGUUAUCAAACGCCCUGGGCGGAAGCGAAAAGCAGAGGCCGACCCCCAGGCCAUUCCCAAGAAGCGGGGCCGGAAGCCUGGCAGUGUGGUGGCCGCGGCCGCCGCCGAGGCCAAGAAGAAGGCCGUGAAGGAGUCUUCUAUCCGGUCCGUGCAGGAGACCGUGCUCCCCAUCAAGAAGCGCAAGACCCGGGAAGCGGUCAGCAUCGAGGUCAAAGAAGUGGUGAAGCCCCUGCUGGUGUCCGCCAUCGGGGAGAAGAGCGGGAAAGGACUGAAGACCUGCCGAAGUCCCGGGCGGAAAAGCAAAGAGAGCAGCCCCAAGGGGCGCAGCAGCACCUCCUCGCCCCCUAAGAAGGAGCACCACCACCACCACCACCACUCAGAGUCCCCCAAGGCCCCUGGGCCACCGCCCCCACCCCCGCCCAAGAGCUCCAAGGAGCCCAGCAGCUCCCCGGAGCCUCAGGACUUCAGCAGCAGCGUUUGCCAAGAGGAGAAGAUGCCGAGGGGAGGCUCGCUGGAGAGCGACGGCUGCACCAAGGACCCAGCUAAGACUCAGCCCACGGGGGCGCCUGCCGCCCCGGCCGCAGAAAAGUGCAAACACCGAGGGGAGGGAGACCGCAAAGACAUUGUCUCAUCCUCCAUGCCGAGGCCAAACAGAGAGGAGCCUGUGGACAGCCGGACGCCCGUGACAGAGAGAGUUAGCUGACUUUAACCCGAGUGGAUUGAAAAAGCAAACCAACAAGAAUAAAGGCAGCUGUUGUCUCUUCUCCUUAUGGGUAGGGCUCUGACAAAGCUUCCCGAUUAACUGAAAUAAAAAGUAUGUUUUUUUCUUUCAGUAAA